AUGGCGACCUAUGUGGGCUAUAGCGGGAGCCGACAACGAGGUGAUUGUGCCGGGGCCGGUAGACGUUGGACCGGAAGAGAGCUGGGAAUGAUGAUGCUUAGGGAGGGUAUGAUCGAGUCUGCAAACACACGUCGAUUUGCCUUGUCACACUUUGUCCAGCGCGCUCUCUUGCGAUCCCGCAUCUACCGUCCCCGGCACAAUCACCCCGCUGUCAACUUUCGCAUACAGUACCACGAACACCCAGACUCUGACUACGAGGCGCUGGGUAUCAGAACCCGAUCGUCGUCGACAGUGACAGUGAAGAGGAUGAUACGAUAUCGAUUGCUCCGACUGUCCGUUCCAUCGGCAAAGAGCUACCCCCGCCGUACCAAGCUGCGUCUGGCCAGUACCCUGCGAUGCAGACACGUUCUGACAUCGCUCCUCGGCGCGGCGUCAGACGCGGCAUCGACCAGAAAAGCUCUUCCUGGAGCAUGCGGUCGCGCUCGUGAACCGCGACAAAAGGCGAUCUUCCCUCCCGCGGAGCAGACUCGGAUCAUCGCAGCGUUCCAGCAGGAUACGGACCAAGAAGUCCUCCCUGUGACGGAGACGAUCAACGGGAUCGUGCGGACAUACCGCCCGGGUCCCGGCCAGGGUGCUCGGGUGCUCCUCAUGAGCUCGAUCGGCUCUACGGCGAUUACCCUUACCAAGGCGAAUCACAUCGUCCUCCUCGAUCCCGUAUGGUCGGCAUAUGAUCAACAUCAGAUCAUCGGCCGGGUCAAUCGCUACGCCGACCAAGAGGUCUUGCCGGUGACGGAGAGAAGAUGA